CUAUUAUUCGGUUGAGCUUUUGGGUAAAUUUUUGGUGAUCAUUCGUUCAUGCGUGAAACAGUAUCUGUGUUAUUUUUACAACCCAGCUCUCCAUAAACCCAACCUGCGCCCAGAGCAAUUAUUUCUGUUUUAAUCUGGAAACACAUUAAUUUUUAAUGUACACGUUCGUAUUGGCUAAUUCGCCCAAAUUGUACGCAAUUAAAUCAAUUCGGGCAUUGAAUUUGGAUAAAAGAUAUCGAGAAAUUUACCUCUCAUUUCGUUUAUUUCGUUUCCCGUCUUUAUUUCGGGCGUCGCUUUCUUAGCGAAUUCACCGGCGAAUUGCAUCUAAUAAAAAUUCAAAUGAAUGGAUUAUGGAUCAUUAAACUCUGCUAACUUUGGUAUAGAUAGUUAGAAUCACCCGUCGCUAUUCACCCUUCGGGAAUGAAAUUUAUCGCCUGUUUAGUUGGCACUUUUAUACCGCAGCAACCCCCCAUCAUAUCCCAGAGACUUUAAAUUUAUCCUUUGAAUUCUUUCCGUUCCCGCAAAAAUUUCCACAAUAUCUAUCAACGUUCACAACAGCGCAAUAUAGCUGCAUUGGCUUUUCAAUCCCGUUACUUUUUCUCUCUUUUUUUACAACAACUACUUUCCUUAAUAGCCGUUAUCUGAAGUACUCGCAACUUAUAACCUGGUAACGACGCCAACUAAUUUAGGAUAUAACUUCUUGUACCAGAAACCAACAGUGCAAUCUAAUACCAUUAUGCAUUGAACUACUUAAAGUAAGUCUCUCAUACUAAGUCACUUAUGCAAAAAAUGUUCAAGAUAUUUUUAGAGUGAAGAGAAAAAAUGGAAUGUCUUUCGUUGUAAAUCACUAAGGAAAAAAGGGUUGCUGGUCCAGACAUUUCUACAAUUAAGCCAAGUCUUUUUAUUAACUUUACAUGUGUCUUGAUUCUGAAUUGAAGGGAUCUUACUAAAUCCCUAUGACAUUGUUAUUAGUCGCAUUUUCUGACCAUACUUCGAGUGAAGUUGUAUAUCUAUUCCUUGGGGCUUUUAUUCUCUCUUUUCUGCUGUUUAAAUUUCCCUUUGAGCUCUUUUCAAAAUAGAGCUGAGCUGAGCUUUAUUUACAUAACCCGUUUGAUUAUUAAGGAUGCGACGAGGCGAGGCGAGGCUUUCUUUUCCUCUUUUACCUGGGCGCUGGGUCAAAAAUAAAAGAACUGAAUUUAAUUAGUUUUAUAAUGCGAGGAGACGCUUCUCAUUAUGAUUUAAUCAUAAUGCCCGAACUCUGAUUUUGCGCUCCUUUUACAUUCAUUGAUUUACUUUCUGUUCUCACUUUUUUUCAAUUUUUCAUCCAGAAAGGCGUUGGUCUCAGCGAAAACCUAAGUAUUGGUUACACUAUGAACUGAUUUGUCAGUCGAAACAAACAUAAUGAGUUUUGAUUCACAUGGAUUCGGAUCGUCUCAGAAAAACGAACGAGUCGACUUCGGAGUGUCCGAGAAAUCAGCAAUUUCGCUACAUUCCACGGGAGAACUGUCGUCGGAAAUGUCGUCGGGUUUCCCACCCCCACCACCCCCACAACUCGUAAUCAGCCGAGAAAGUUCCGACAAAGUUACUGCAAACCCUGCUACGACAGCGGGACCGAAACCAAGACGAAAAUUACCCGAAGUUCCGCCGAGACAAAUUUCAGGCAGCUCUGGAAAUGCGAGUUCCAAAACAGAUCAUCUACACGAACAGCAAAAACAUAAACAAAAACAAGAUUUUACGUCAAAUGAGACGUCGCUUGAUUUAGAUGAAAUUGUUUCGAACGGCGUUGACCUUUCAGUAGGGGGUCAACGCGGUGAUUUAGAAGAUAAGUUUGAAAUCUUUUCACGCUUUCUUCAAUCUCAUCGCGCUGCAACCGAUUAUACGAACAAAGUUAGACGAACGGCCACUAUUUCGAGUUCAAACUUCAACAGCACUCUGCCUGCAGUGCCAUUCGUCCAAAUGCCCCCUCCACUCCAGGUUCAAAUCGCAACUCAACAGUCACUAAACAUUCAAAAUACGCGUUCACUGAGUCGAUGCGUAUUUCGGCCGAACUUACCAACCGUCGUAGACGAGAGCCCCUAUCAUAAGUCGUGUGCUGACGACGAGGCGUCUAACCAAAAUUUGCUUGCCGAUAGCUUCCGUCGAAGGUCGAAUUCGGACGCCAGCUGCUCUGAUCUUGCCCUUGACCCCCAAAGGUCAUUGACCUCUUCGGGUCAUAUUGACGUGUACACUUUCGACGAGCAGGGGUCAAUUUAUAGCUUAGAACGGGAGGAAGAUCUGGAGAUUGAAACUCUGCGAGAAGAUAUUGAGCGGUUACAUGAGAAGUUCGAGACCCUCUCGACAAAAACGAAUACCGCCAAAAUUUCAGACUUCGCCCACAAUGUUGGCGGGAACUAUGUACAGACAGAGACACAAGGGGGCGACUUCUGGUUCGCAGUCUCGUCCUCCUCGUCAACGGCAUCUUCAGCAGCUCAAAACGACAACCAACUACACUUCAAAAACAACAAAAACAACAACAACAACAAUAAUAAUAAUAAAAACAACAUUCAUCAUCUCCAAGGAGUACACGGGGGACAUCCGGCAUCCCUGUCGCCCUCCUCCUCCCAGUCCCCAAGCGGGGAUUCUGGAACAGGAGUGGGUGGGGACGGCGGGGGAGUUACGAGUGGCAAGGGGGGACAUCAAGAAAACUCACCGCGGAUUAAUCAGGCGAGCAGAUUGGCUGCAGCAGUAAUGGGGGGCAACAACAGUCAAAGUGGGGACUCGUCAGACAUGAACGAAGAACUAGCUCAAGGUCAAGGUCAAAACCAAGGCCAACUGCACGAGUGUGACCACGAGGGGUCCCACUCGGACAGUCUAAAGUUCAAAGUGGUUCAACAACUGAGUUGUCUGAGACAAAUCAUGGCCAGAUUGCUGAGGGAGAAAUUCCAAAUUGAGGACGAGAUCACGACUUGUGAUAGUUCCGAGUCCCUGGAGAAGUUCGAACAGGACCUGGACGAGAUUGAACUCACUCAAAAACAGAUCACCAAACUCAUUCAGAGGCUGACUGGAAUUCUUCAAAAUCUGUGGACGGCCGACAGUGAAGUGCUGCAACACAUUCGGGCCGAGGGGUCGACCCCGACUCACCGAACAGUGGCGAUGACUCAUCUAGAACAAGACGCGAUGCUACUCGUGCUGCAAUCAGAACACGAGCAGCAGAUUGCUCAAAUGAGUGAAUUGAGACGACAGAGGUCGGCUGUGUUUCGUCAGCAAAUCAGAGACAAGAAUGCAAUCGGCGGUCAAUCUCAUCAGGAAGACACAUCCUCAAUUCCGAGGUCUUCUUCGUACGAGUCGGCUGCCGAAUUGGAGCGAGUUGCUUCCACUGUACCAACUGACCAAUUUCUGUCUGGAUUGAACGUCGAGGGAAGAAUCAAGCUUCAAAAAGGAACCAAUUUCUACAACAUACAUUCGAAGUCAGUUGAAGCUGAGACGAAACAGCGCAGAAUUGAUUCAUCGCCGACGAUGGCGACUAAAACGACAAUGCACUCGUCUCCAUACCUUCCAAUAAAAUGCAAGAGUCUGAACAACCCAGAUCCCCUGGAGACCUGGCGUCACAUUCGGGAUCCGAAACUGCAUCGUUGCAGGACCCUUCCGAACCACCACUCCACCCAAAACAGUUCUGGUCAAUCAGACGAACACGGGUCAGACAGCCAGAGUAGCGGUGGGGGGAGCGGCGGAAAGUUUUCCGCAAACAUCCAGGACGAAAACUCUUUAGAACAUUCCAAUUUAAGCUGUGCGUCUACAGUUUUAAAACAACCAAACCAAAUUCAGAAAAAUCAAAAUGAAGUACCCAAAAUUAAUGAAAACUAUUAUGAAAACAAUGAAACUGUUGAAAUUUCACACGCCAAUCAGUCAAGAGAAACUAACCAAUCAGAAAAAAGCUCGAAUACUAACGCAAACACUGCAGAUUUACGAGAAACCCGCGCUCCUAUUGGUCGAGAUUUGAUGUCGCCAACUGCUGUAGCCGAAAAAAGUUUGAUUCUGAGACGAGAUACGCUUUGGCAAAACGAGCAUGGCGAAUUAUAUCGCCUUUUGUGUCCCAAAAACGACCUGCAGGGCAACGAGUUACGAAGUGCCAAACGCAAAAUUGCGCAGGAGGUUUCUACCGACAAUAAUCUUGACGACGACUAUUUGUCGGAUACGAAUCACGACGGCUGGAAAAGUGACUCAGAGCUAGUGCUGAGGGAGCGAAAAGUGACGUUUUCCGAGAAACCGCCAGAAGUGAAUCGGAUCCCAGCGCAUUCCUCCAGUCCUCCGGACGAACUGGUUGCCGAGGAGAUUCCGGUGGCGGAGAAAAAAAGAUCCCGCUCCAUUAAACGGAAACUGCAGAAAAUCACCCGCGAUUUGGAAAACUCACUUAAAACUUCCCGGGAGCGCUCGUCUUCGCAACAAAGCGGCAGCAGUGCUGUUCCCGCGACAUCAUCUUCAGGCAUCACAGCUGUCGCCACUCCUGGAUCCCGUUUCGUAAUGUCGCAACUUCAAUCUUCACCUGUUCGUGUGAACAAUUGGGCUAUUCAGGGAGACCCCUAUCUCCCCAAAUUUAUAAAAGGGGGAGGGGUGGACUACGCCCAGUUGAACAAAACCCAUUCCCAAACAAACUCCGCUAGAGCUUCUCGCGAUUCAAGCCCCUCCCCCUUGAAAAAUGUUGGGACGUCUGUUAAAAGACCUAUUAACGCAUCCGACAACUUAAAGAGUCCAGGUGAAAGUUCAGCGAUCAUCGAGACAUCCUUUUUUAAUCCGAAAAACUCUGCAAAUUUUCAGCCAAAUGUUUCGCCUGCAAGCUCGCCAUUGGAAUUUCCAAAACAGAGAUACGGGAUGCCAAAUACAGUGCUACCGCAACAACUUGCGAUGGUUCCUCGGAACCGCGGUUGCUACUACCGGCUCUUGGACAACGGAGUCCUGGAAGUAUUUUACCCUGACACGAAUCAAAUUUUCAGAUAUAAGUUUGGCGCCGAGCAGUCUAAUGAUGAUAAAUACACUCGGAUCCGAAACACGACAGCGCCCGAACUCACCGGCUCUCAGCUCGGUUCGGGUGGAUCAACCGAGUGGAAGCCUUUUGGACUUCCAAAUAUGGUAAUGCCAAUGAUGACUCCAACAAACCUUAAUAGACCGAAGUUGCCAUUAGCCCAAAAUGUCAAUUCCAACCGAAAUAGCCCUCAAUGGAUGGCAAAGUUAGUCGAUAAAAGAAGUUCGGUCGACGCUGAAUUCCAUACUCGGUUUCCGUUUCCGCAAACUUAUCAGAUUGCGAACUUCAAGUCGCCUUCUCGUAAGAAGACCACUUGGAUUUCAAACACGACCUCAACUAUCAAUUCGGUUUUCGAUCUCGUCAAGCAAAAGAAAAAGUGAUCGUUUUGAACAAUCUUCAGUUUACAAGAAAGGUGGAUCCAGAAUUUCAGAUUAUACUUAUGGAUAGAUAACUUUUAUUUGGCAAUAAAUUCUAUUUAUUUCAUAUUCUGAAGUUAGUUGACUUUGUUUAUUUUUGUACUGAAAACAGUAAAAUUUUUGUUGCAAUACUAAA